CUUUGAGCUCCAAUGAGCUGUUAAAUUUUCAUUUUGUUAUGUAUGAUUACAGCUGGAGUACCGAGAAGUUUUCUUUUAUUGAGUCCAAGGAACUAAAAAAACGGAUUUACAAGCAGAGAAUUUGUAGGAGGGAAGAACAGUAUAUUCAAUUGUAUGGGAGAUAUUCUGACUGACAAACUCUGUGACAACCUUUUACCAGUGUCGAGCUAAACUGUUGGAAGUGACACCAGAACUUUCUGCAAUGUCCAGGAGAGAACGAGCUGCAGACAUCAGACGUCUUUGAUACCUUCCUGAAAACCCUAGUAGAUUAUACUGCUGUAGAGUUUGAUGGAUGUCGGAAUUUCUCUAUAAACAGACUGUUUGGUUCGUGAGAGAGACCUAUUUGGAGAAGUUAAAGACAGUAUACCAUGAAUAUUUGACCACCCGCAUCUUACAAUUAAAUUCCGAGAGGGGGUAUCAGCAGUCGCUAUGGCAAUAUCAGGGAAUGAUGGUUGUUUACUUAGUCUGUUUCUGACUGUUUUACUGAAAGUUAUUGUGGCACAGAAUUACCAAGUUACUUUUACAAUUGAAGAGGAAAGGGCUCCGGAUAGCUUCGUUGGUGACGUUUCAAAUAGUUUUUCUUCCAACAUUCCACGGGAGGAGAUUGGGCAUAUCAAAUAUGGCUUCCUUCAACAGAACUAUAUCCAGACGUUGUUAACACUGCAGCAGACGUCAGGGAUUUUAUCUACAGCUGUUGUAAUUGAUCGAGAGUCAAAAACUGUCUGCCAGUCUCAGGCAUUAUGUUCAUUCAAUUUUGACAUUGCUGUCAGAUCAUCACGUCCCCAGAGUUCGUUUUUCGAAAUAAUUUCUGUCACCCUUAUUAUAGAAGAUAUAAACGAUAAUGCGCCACUUUUCCCACACAGUCUUGUUCUACUUGAUAUCCCGGAGUCUGCUACUGUUGGAACUUCUUUCCAUAUCGACAGUGCGAUAGAUCUUGAUGCAGGAACAAAUUCAGUUCAAGCUUAUGAAAUCGGUCAACAAAAUGGUAACUUCAGCUUAGAUGUAAUUCGAAAACUUGACGGAAGCUUUACAGUUAAACUUGUUCUCAAAUCAUUGCUGGAUCGAGAAUCAAAGGAUAAAUACAAUGUUGUAAUUAUUGCCAUGGACGGCGGAAAUCCGAAAAAAUUUGGUGCUGUAUCAGUUAAUAUUACUGUUACCGAUGCUAAUGACAAUGCCCCCAUCUUCACUCAGACAAAUUAUAAUAUAACUGUUAGAGAAAAUGUAACUAUUGGAUCUACAGUACUCACAGUCACGGCUCGAGAUAAAGAUAUUGGCAACAAUGGGAAGAUAACGUAUAGAUUAAGUAAAAACCAGUUAGAUGCUAGGGUAAAUAAUAUAUUUGAGAUUUCACAAGAUGAUGGAGAAUUAAAGCUAAAAGAUAAACUUGUAUAUGAAUCGGGGACUUCCUACAAAAUUAUCGUAGAAGCCAGCGACAAUGGUAAACAGCCUCAUGUUACCCAGGCCAUUGUCAAAGUAUAUGUUAUUGAUGUAGGCAAUAAUCCUCCGAGUCUACAAAUUAACCUUCUCGAACAAGGAAACACUAAAUUUAAAAACAUUCUAGAAUCCGCAAAUCCAGGUACAUUUGUUGCUCAUAUAAAUGUUGUUGAUACAGACACUAAUGAAAAUGGAGAAGUCGAAUGUGAAAUCUCAGACAAGAAAUUUGAACUUUUGAGAAUGGGUAGAAAAGGAUAUAAGGCUGUUGUUAAAAGUAAAUUGGAUAGAGAAACACAAGACUUGCAUAAUAUUAUAGUAAGUUGCCAUGACUUUGGGACCCCUUCACUUACUGCCUCGUCCAGCUUUCUUGUAUCAAUUUUAGAUGAAAAUGAUUGUGCUCCGAUCUUUACGCGGCCAAUUUUCACUGGCAUAAUUCCUGAAAAUCACAAAGAAUUCAGAACUUUUGUGCAAAUUAUCGCAUUUGACGAGGACUUGGAUAAAAAUGGGGAAGUCCGAUAUUAUGUUGAUGAGGAAAGCACACCAUACAAAUUCUGGAUUAAUGAAAGAGAUGGUAGUUUACGCGCAGAUCAAGUAUUCGAUCGUGAAGAAACUCCCGUCAUCACAUUCAAAGUUAUUGCUCGAGAUCUUGGAAAGCCGUCUUUGUCUAAUAAAGCAACAGUUCAGCUGACAAUUGAGGAUAAAAAUGACAAUGCUCCAAGGAUUGAUAAUCCGAAAAACUUCUCUGUCACAGAAAAUAAAAACUCUGGAUCGCUUGUUGGGAUUUUAACAGCUACAGACAUUGACGAGGGCAAAAAUGCCCAGAUAAUGUUUGUAAUCAAACCAGAAUUUGAAUUUUCUGUACCUUUCGUUGUCUUUCCAGAUGGAACCAUUAAAACAAAUCGGCAGUUAGAUAGAGAAGAAAAAAGCAAUUACGUGUUCACAGUUGUUGUGUUUGAUCAGGGCACGCCAAGAUUGAAAAGUUCUGCCAAUGUCACAAUUUCAGUCACCGACACAAAUGAUAAUGCACCAAAACUGUACUUUCCUGUCGCCAGCAAUAAAACUGUUGUAGUGCUAAGUGAUGUUAAUCCAGGAUAUAAAGUAACACAAAUUGAAGCAAGAGAUGUUGACGAGGGAGUAAAUACGAUUAUUUCAUAUGAUAUCACAUCAGGAAAUGAAGACGAUCUGUUUGUCAUUGACAAUAAAUUAGGCGGAAUUUAUUUAACAAAGGCUGUUGAGAUUACAAAGAAUCGAACUUUCAAUCUAAAAAUUGCAGUAAAAGAUGGAGGUCAUCCCCAGCAUACGACACACUCCGAUUUAAAAAUCAUCAUGGUUAGAGCCAUUAACGCUACCUCACAGCUUAGAGGAGAUGACAACAAUAGUAACACUUUGAUAGUCGUAAUUGUAGUAAUUCUGACCGCUGUUUUAUCUAUUGUAAUGAUCAUGGUAAUAUGUUUUUUAAGACGUUUCGAUCAUCGGAGUAAAGCGCGAAAAAAUUUGGACAUUGUUGCGCCAGACGAGAAGUAUCCAAAAUGUUAUAUGGAAGAUCCUUCUCAUUAUCUGGACAAUGCGAAAGAUAGUCAUGAACACUUGACCCUGUCGUAUGAGCCUAUGUCAAACAUGAUGUCAUUGAAAAGAAAGGAAGUGAGCUUUGAUAUAGAUGAUCAUUCUGAACACAGUAAUUCCAGAGAUAAUCACAACACAACUAUGUCAACAUUUUCUGUCCCAGAAUCAGAAAAGUUUCAAGGCAUGUCAGUUGUAGAGGAGGGAGAAGAGAGUGUUCCGAACUCUAAACAAGGUCGGCUCAAUAAGUUACAGAUGUUACAGUACCACCAGGCGAUCCUCGAGUCCCAGACACGAGCCUGGCUACAGACACAAGAAGGCCAAGAGGAGGGAAGUAGUUUUGAGGUAACUCUACCAGAUGACAAGUGUAGUGAUACAUCAGAAGAAGUGACAGCAAGUGACAGUGGUAAAGGUGGCAGUGAGGAUGAUAUUCCGUCCAGUCAUUCUAAAGAUCUAAAGACCAGAGUCCAUGGUGUAAUCGUUCCUCCUGGGAAAUUCCAGACUCGUCACUACGUCGCACCAGAAUUCAGACGUCAAGGCAGUCUGCAACGUAAAGCAUGUGACAUAAACUUUGAAGAUAAUCGUGUUCAUUCCCCAGUUAGUCCUCUCACAGACGAUUUGUCGUAUCGGCCAGAAAGCCGCGCUAGUCUUGCAAAUAGUCUUGCAAAUUCCACACCAAGGCCCAACAGUCGGGCGGCCAUGUUUUAUCCAAAUGAUCAUAGCUUUAACAGAACUUUAGACAGUGUAGGGGACCAUGCAACUGACUGGGACUCUGCCUCCUAUGUAUAAAUAUUGUGAUAAAGAUGUGAAAAUGAGACAAAAUUGUGAAAAUAGAAUUUUAAGUGAAUGUGAAAAUUGAGGCAAAUUGUGAAAAUACAGACAAAAUGUUAUAAGAAGAUAGGCAAAUGUGAAAAUUUAGGUAAAAUGUAAAAGAUGCAAAAUGUGAAAAUUGAGAAAAAAUGUGAAAAAUGACACAUUAUGGACAAAAAUGUAAAAAAAAAAUACUCUCAAUAUAAUGCAUCUACAUUGACAAAUGAGAAAUCCCCGGUGAGAUUAGGCAAAAUGACUUAACUGAGAUUAAUCUCAAAGAUAUUUUAGUUCAAUCUGUCGUAGACUGACGAUUAAUGAAAUAAUUAUUGUAUAAAGCUAGAAGUGAAAUUUGAAAAUAUUUCACUAAAUACAAAACUCAGUCAGUAUUAUGUUGAAAUCCUUAGUUGUCAUUAAUUUUUACAUGUUUUGUUUUACAUUAUAUUAAAGUUCUAAAGGAAUUCUAAAUGGGAAUGCCGGGGCAAGAAGAAGUUGUCAGAUGUAUUCUUGUUUAAAAAGUGCUUGAUAAGAUGGUGCUGCUGUGUAGAGCUGUUUAAGUCUACAUGAAAAAAAAGGUCCAUUUUGUGAAGCUGUUAGACCCUACUUGAAAAAAUAGUUCCAUUAUAAAGUUAGGACUGUCACUGUUCAUUGCAAUAUCAAUUUAUUUUUGACAUAGAUGAUUCAAUGAUAUACAAAAAAUAAAUUUCGAAAUACUGAAAUUAAAAGAAAAAAGGCUUGAUUUUCUUUGCAACAAGUUGGUAUUUUCUGUUACUUCACGAAAUACCAUAGAUAUAAAGAAUGUAAGACAUUAGUGUAAAAUCAGUGCCAAUGCUUCAACUGUUCUUUGAGAAAAAGCAGCAACAUGCACUAUGGGUAAAGUAUCCCCUUGAUCCGCCUGCUCGAAACAUACUGAGAAGGCUGAAACUGGGUUAGUGUAUGUGGGUUGAUACUUUAUCCCUUAGUAGGAGGCUGAAAUACUUUAUGCAGAUGCUACAGUGUGGCUUUUCUUACAGAAUGGCUCAUAUAUGAAAUGUGCUUUGUAACAUUAUUAAGCCAAAUAACUUUUUAUUUAAGUACAAUGUCAAAAAUUUGUAAACAUAUGAUUUUUCCUCAUUGUUUUAUUUUUCUACAUCCUUGUUUCAGUUUUACAAAGUGGUAAUUCCCAAAUAAGUCAAAUUUGAAAUGUAAUUCAUAUCCGCAAAACUCAGUACUACGAGCACUAUUAUCUUUAUUGCUAUUUUUAACAUGGGAACUGACAAAAUAUCUUUUUAAAAGACAAUAGUAAAUUGAAAAAAAAGGCAUUUCAAAGAUAUAUCCAUACAGAAGACAUUCCAGCAAAAUUUAAUUUCUUAGAUCAUAAUUAUAUGCACAUAUUGACUAUAAUUGUUGGUAAAACAGUUCUGACACUCUCAGGUAUAUUUCAUUUGGUAAUACAGCAAUUCAUUUGUCGAAUUUUUGUUAUGUUUUAUAUAUUUUGCAUUUGUUAGUAAUGGCUGUACUUUUCAUGACUGUUAUGAUGUGUAGAACUGAACAAAUCCUAAUAAAAUCAACAUGUUUAAUUUUUAGUUUUUACUCAUUGGCUAGAUCUAAAUUGUUUGUUUGCACUGUUUAAAAAAGCAGACAGUUACAUCAUCAUUUUUUUCAGUAUUUAUAGGUUCACAAAACCAGACACUGGACCACUAAAAAAUGAAAUAUGUAAUGUAGAGAAUUAUCCAGCUUUCAAGUUUAAAAUUUCCAGUUUUCAGUUAUUGAACAUUUCUGACUGGUAGUGUUUACGAUGUUUUCAAAUGAUUUGGUAUCGUACUGUUUGCAUACAUCUGGAACAUCUUAUGUUCCUUGUUAACAGAAUUAAUUUCCGCUCACUUAACUUAAUUUGUUUUAGGUUUCGGAAUAAUUACUCCACCCUGACAAAUCUGUGCAUUUUGUGUAUGAUUUGUCUCCCUUGAUUUUCAGUAUUCAAGGGAAGUGAUCAUGUUUAAAAGAGAAGAUUAUAAUUUCAAGAUUUGUUGCCCUUUAUAUACCUCUAGUCAAUAUUGUUAAUUUCAUUCAUUUUUUCAUUGUGUGUAAUCGUAAACUCAUUAACAUUUACUUUAAAUGCAAGAUUUACACAUUAAUCUAUGAUUUAUAAUUAUUUUAAUUUCGCACAGAGAAACACUAGAUGAACCAUUUUUACGGUGCAUUUUACAGUUAUUUUCAGUUCAAAGAAUAAUAUAUGCCAAAGUUACAGAAAAGAAAUAAAGAGAAUAAUUUUUCAGUACAAUAUGAUCUCACCUUUAUAUACAGAAGUAUAUCAUUAUGUCAUGAAGGAUCUUGUCUUUUAAUGUGAGAAAAACAUAUUUAUCAAAGAUAGUCACUGUCUUUAAUGUAAUAAAAGUAAAUCAUUUGAAGUAUUGCUUAACAUUUUUGAAAUACUAAUGUAAGUAUGUACUCAAUGCAGUGUAUAUUUUGUGAAGUGAUAUGUACCUAAAACAGCUAUGUUUGUAAUUUUGAGGAUACCGGUAUAGAAUGCACUCAAAAAACAUUACAUGUCUGCAAAAUGUUAUGAUGCAAAGGGCAUUCAAAAAGUUACAAUACAAAGACAAUAACUAUUUUUCUUGUCAGUCGUAGCACAUAUUUGCUCUAUUAUAUUUAUUAUUUAUUAUGUAAUAAAUACAAGCUGAAAACAUCAUCAAGGUCUGAAAAAAUUAUGCUAAUUUUUUAAUUUGUUCAGAAUUUUUUAGUAUUUCAAGUAAUAACUGUUUAAGAAAGCCAUUGCUCCAGAAUGAAGUACAUGUAACAUGUUGUUAAGUAUUUAACCCACUAAGUACUGGCAGUUGAGCAGAUUAACGUAAAACUGUUAUUUAAUAAGGGUGAACCAAUAAGUUGGCAUGAUCGGUUUAUUUACUACUUGUAGAUAAAAUUUGAAUAUUAUCGUGCCAUCCAUUUGGUUCACCCAUUAAAAUAAAUUGGUUGAUAUUACCUGCCCAAAUGACAGGAUAUCUCCAAUGAUUAGUGUUUUUUCCACCAAAUAACUGACAUGUUAUUCUCAAAUAUUAGUACUUUUUUUCCACCAGAUAAUUGACAUGUUGUCCCCAAUGAUUAGUACUUAUUUUUUCCACUAAAUAACGAAUAUGUUAUGCUCAAAUAUUAGUACUUCUUUUUGCCACCAGAAAAAUAUUGUUCACUUUAUGUCUCACAACAUACAAAAAACCUUGAACAGUUUGUAUGUAGUUGAAUAAGCUGUUUUAUCAAUGAACUUACAUGUAUAUAAAA